AACAAUCUAAAAACAACAUGGCGGCGUCAUCUCUUUACGAGGACGAUACUUCUGAUUCAAAUUUAUCCCAGGAUGGAAUACAAAGUUCCUUCGAUAGUCUGGAUUUGCAAGACAGCGAAAGAGAUUUCAAUGUUCACACAACCGGCGCGCAAAAAAAUCUCAAUCUGAUUCAUAAGUUGAACUUGAGGCAGAUUUACGGUCGUGUUACUAGAAAUCCUAGAGCGAAAACGGAAAAAUUAGUAUCAGAGAUCCAUUCUCAAUGUAAAUUCCAACUUAGUAAGCUCAUAGAGCCCGAAGCUUUAAAUCAUAUUUUUAUGGGAUUUACAUUAUGCGGUCAGUAUGUUGUUAGUUUUAUGGAGAAAUACGUAGAGGGUAGAUUAAUUCUUCUUCCCGAUCCUGAAUACGAAUUAUAUAUAUGGAGGUUUGUACCUGGGAAAAGGUUAAGACUGGUUGCAAAAUACCCUAUUUUUAAAUUGUUACAAGGACAAUGUGUACUCAGAGAAAUCGUAUUUAUGCAGUUCCCAACUGAUCCAUUUCGAUUAAUUUGUUAUGGAUCUGGAUCUUAUAGUAUGAUUGAUACAACAAUGGCUUUUUUAACAAUUUUAACAUUACCUAGUCCAGAUAAUUGCAAAUAUUGUAAAUUAAAUAAUAAAUUUGAACAAGGAUGGUGUCUUCGCCAUGGUUUUAUGAUGCAUUACUCCUUCUCAUUAAACCAAUCCUAUACUCAAGGACAUUCUCCGUUUGACCCACACAUUUCCCUCGCGUAUCCAGACCAUUUUGUGAUAAAUACAGGUGCGAACAUUCACAUAUUAAAUGUGCAAUGUGCCGAACCACCAAAACCUAAUUUUAUUCCGCCCGUAUUGGAAAAAGAAUGCGAUAAAAACCCCACGAAUACAUUCGCUGAUAAUGCAAGUGAAGCUUCCGAAAUUAGUAUAGAUAAUUUUAGUACAAACAGUACGAUUGAUGCUAUAUUAGAAGAUUUCAAUGAGUAUGAUAUAGAAAGUUCUGAAUGUAAUCGACCUUUUCAUGAAUUAAACAUUAGUUGUGAACCGUUAAAUGUGACAGGUAAGAGUUAUCAUAACACGUUGGUGCAAAAUAAUAUAGUUGAUGUGCGCGUAAAACGAUUUCAAAGUUCGAAUAUAAAAAAUGAAAAACCUAAAGUUAUUGAUAAAAAAGUUGCGGAAAAAGCGUACGAGUUUACCGAGGAAAAUGAAAAGUGUGAAAAGUUAAGUUCGUUUCGAAAGAAGCGAUUAGCCGAUAAAAAAUACGAAUUUUCUGAAGAUAACUCUGAAAAUAUUGUACCGUUCAACUCAUUACGUCGAGAACGCCGAUUUUUUAAAUCAACAGAUUUGAAUAACGGGUUAUUUCUUAGUCCUCGAUCCCCAGGUUUACGAUCUCCUAUUCUUUCCCCAAAUUCUCGUCAUGGACAGUUCCGUAGUUCCCCCCAUUACUCAAAAUCUCCAAUCAGCCCAAGAGACUCGGCCAGAAAAUUUUACGUUUAUUCACCCAGUUUGGACAGCGAUUGUUCCGAUUCCGACUCCAGGUUGAUUUUAAGACAACCUGGAAUUUAUAUGGAUAGUCGUAUUCCACAACAUUCAUCAGGUUUAUUAAUUGUAGACAGUAAUCGUAAAGAUGAUUUUGCAAGAUUUAUUAAGAAAGCUGUUCGAAGAUACACAAGCGUUGAUUAUUUUGAAAAUAGUUCUUUGGUAUCCGGACAAAGUAAAGAUGAUUUUAAUAUGCCGAUAGAAAUUCCAUUAUUAGUUCAAAAUUUCUCUGAAUUGCAAUACGAUUCAGUACCUGAAACCCAACUGAUAAUAACUCAACGAACCUUCGACUGCGAACAAUUUGUUCAAAGAAGAGCCCAAAAACUCUGUUCGGAUCGUCAUUUACAAUUUCUAUAUUGCGAGGAUUACGACGUUAAAUUAUUACACAUUUGUCCAAUUGAUGGACAUAUUGUUUGCCAGGCUGUGAUAAAAAUAAGUGCCCUACGUACCAACGUAGCCUAUUCAAAACCGGAAAUGUUCAUUUCGAUCGUUAUGUUCACGUGGAACGUGGCCACGGAUGCUUUCGAAGUAAUCGAACCUCCGGAUCAAUACAAAAUGCAGCCGUUAGUUGAAAACAACGGCGAGAUUAUUCCGCCCGUUGCGAUACCGCCGAAUAAUUGUCGAAAAGUGCUCGUUAUGGACAUGCUUGUCGAUGAUGACACUAAGAAAUCGCUCAGGGAUUAUACGAAUUGUUAUGAAAUUUUAAUGGAGCCAGACGAUUAUGAUGAUAUUUGGUAAAGAGAUAAUAGAAAAUAUAUUUUAGUAGUAUUGGUAAUAAAUAAGUGUUUACCAAUAACAUAUCAUAAAAUACAAAUGUGAUAAAAAAAAGAUGAAAUAAUGAGAUGAG